AUGCAUCCGUCUCAAGCAUUCAAGAAAUCGACAUGGGUUGACUCGUUGGCUUCACCACCAUUCUCUUUCCACGUUGAAAUUGAAAAUCCCCCAAUUAAGGGCAAUCCAAAGGUAACAAAGAAAAUCACUAAGGAGGCGGAUUUAACAGAGAAAAAAUAUGAUUUUUAUUCUCCGAUAUUGCCCUAUCAUUUACCCAAUCACGAUGACUAUACUGUAUUACCAAGAGAUUGUUAUUAUGAUUUAAAUGCUGCAUCGAUGAUAGAUUUUGCUAAUCUAUUUUGCCACGAGGAGGUCGCUCUUGAGACAAUUUCUGACUGCCCAACGAUCAAGGCUAUGGGUGUAGACUGCCUAAUUGAUGUAUUUAGUAAGGAUGUUGUAGAACGAUAUCACUGUAAUAAAGAUCUUUAUCUCAUUAAAUAUAGGGCUUUGAGAGUCUGGUACAUUUGUAUGCCACAGUACGCUUGA